AUGUCUUCAGCCGCUCUCUCCGGCAAAGUCGCCAUCAUCACCGGCGGUUCCAAGGGCAUCGGCGCCAGCACCGCAACUGCACUGGUCAAACUCGGAGCAAAGGUCGUCAUCAACUACGGGCAUGACUCCGCCGCCGCAGAGAGCCUAGUCUCCCGCCUGGGCGGCGCUGACCACGCCAUCGCCGUGCAAGCCGACGCCGGUAGCAUCACAGGCGUCGAAACGCUCGUCAAAUGCGCCGUCGACAAGUUCGGCAAAAUCGACAUCCUGAUCCCCAACGCGGGAAUCCUGCCCAUGAAGACCGUCGAAGCCACCACAGAAGCGGACUUCGACCGGGCGUUCAACCUGAACGUCAAAGGCCCGUACUUCCUCGUCCAAAAGGCUCUGCCGUACAUGGCUCGCGGCAGCAGGAUCGUCCUGCUCUCGACGACGCAGUGCCACGCGUCAACGGUCACGCCGCCCUACACGUUGUACUGCGCGACCAAGGGUGCAAUCGAGCAAAUGGUUCGGACGAUGAGUAAAGACCUCCAAGCCAGCAAGGGGAUCAGUGUGAAUGCCGUCGCGCCGGGGCCGACUGGGACGGACUUGUUCAUGGAAGGGAAGAGCGAGCAGCUCCUCAAAAUGAUCGCAAGCAUGAACCCGAAUAAUCGCAUAGGAACACCCGAGGAAGUGGCGGAUGCCAUCGUGCUCAUUUGCCGGCACGAGGCAAGAUGGGUCAGCGGACAGACUAUCAAGGUGAAUGGUGGUCAGGCAUAA